AUGGCGAACCAAAUUAAUGGGAUUUUUUCAAAGUUGGCAGAUAUGACCAUAGGUCUGUUUAGAUUCCAAAUGGAUAACAUAAAUGAAGAAAUCGAUGAAAAUAUGAGCCCAUUAGAAAAAGCUAUGCUAUAUGGGAACAGUAAUUUAAAAUGUCGUAAAAUAUUAUUUAUAAAAGAUAUAAUAAAACUAUUAAAUAAUAUAGACUAUACAGAUUUUCAAAGAGAUAUAUAUCCAUUAAUAGUAAAACUAAGUGAUGAAAGUAGUGAAAUAAAAUAUGAAAUUUGUAAUAAAAUAGGGGAUUUGUGUGCAUAUAUAUUACAGAAUAAUAAUGAUGGUUGUAGUGAUGUAAUAAGUUUAUUAUUUCCAAUUGUUGAAAAAUUUAUAAUUAAUUAUGAAAAUAAUAAAAAUAUAUUAAGAUAUAUAUUAAAAUCGUUAUUAAUAUUAUCAACACAUGUUAAUAUAAAAACUCGAAAAAAACAAAUAUUUCCAUUUCUUAUAUAUCUAAUAUGUAAUGAUGCUUAUAAACAGAUCGGAUUUAUUCUGUUAAUUAAAAUGUGUUAUAUUUUUGAUAGAGAUAAUAUAGUUAUAUAUAAGGUAUUGAUUCCUUUUAUAGAAAAACAUUGUAUAAGUAAUAACAUUGAAUGUAAAAUAUUGAUAUCGUCUUAUUUUUUUAAUAUUUGUAAAAUGCUAGAUGAAAGUAAUUUUAUAAAAAACCAAAUUUUUAUUUUUAAUAAAUUAUGUAAUGAUGAAUAUGAUACAAUAAAAAUUAUUAACAUUUUUAAUUGUACUCAUUUAUCAUCUAUAUAUUCAAAAAAUUUGUUUUUUAAUUUUUUUCUUCCUAUAUUUAAUAAUUUUCUAAAAAAUAAUAAUCUCUAUGUUUUUUACUAUUCUUUAAUAAAUCUACUAUUAUUUUUAUGUAUAUUUGAAGAUAUCAAUAUAAUUCAUCCAUUUUACAUUCGAAAAAUAAUUUUUUUUUUCAACAAUUUGUUUUCUUCUCACCUUUUUACUCUGAAUUAUUUGAAUGAAAUGGCCAAGAAAAAGACAAACUACAUUUUUCUCGAUAAUACUGAUGGGGUAUAUGAUGACUCGAAUUCAGCCAAAAUUUGGAAUAAAGAUGAAAAAAGGGACGACACACCAUCAUAUCCAUUAAAUGAAACUGAUAUGGUUACUGAUUUUCAAAAUUCUAAAAGUGAAAAAAACAAUGAACACACUAUACAAAAUACCAUUUCGAAUGAAUUAAAAUAUUAUGAUAAUUAUUUAAACGAAGAUAUGUGUAAAGAAAAACAAAACAAUUUAGUUGAAAUUAGUGAAAAAGAUCCAACUAGACAGAUAUGUAAUGAUGAACAAAAUUUAACUACUGGUUGUAAUAUUAUAAGCCCUAUAAAUGGAAAGGGUUUGUGGGUAGAAGAUAACAAAAAUGCACACAAAAAUAGCCCAAUGCAAGAACUACCACAAAACAAAUCCGAUAAAAAUAUUAAUAAUGAAAGUGAUGAACGAGAUAAAUUGGGCAUUGGAAAUAUAUCAUGUGGGAUUGAAUCAACUGAAGAAUCAAAAAAUUGUAAUUUUUCCAGUGAAAGUGAAAUAUUAAAUAAGAGGAAAAUGGAAAAAGUUUUAUUUUCAUCAGAAAUUUCAGAAUUAGAAUGUUCAUCUGUCCAAUCAUUAUCAAAUGAAAUUAUAUAUGAUGAAAAUGUUUGUAUUUUUAUAAAUAAUAAAUUAAUAAACGAUUUAAUUAUUAAAAACCAUCAUUUUUGUUCUAAUAUAAGUCAAUUUUUCAAAACACAUGGUAAUGAUUAUUAUAAAAAUGGUAAUUGUGACAAAUAUUUUGGUCGAAAGAUAAUAAAUUUAAUGGAAAAAAAUAGUGAUGAUUUGAUUUUAGAAAAUAAAAUAAACGGAGAAACAAUUGAAAGUGAAGAAUUUGAAAAAGACAAAGAAAAUUAUUUUAUUAACUUAAAUGAGAAAGACAUAAAAUAUAUUGAUAAUAUAUUUAAUCAUGAUGAUAAUAUUGACAUAUUACAAAUUAAAGGGUGUUAUUAUAGUGAAUUAGAAAUAAUAAAAAAUGAUAUAAUAUAUGGAAAAAUGCUAUUAAGACAAAAAAGGAACAUGUACAAAAUUAACAAUAAUAAUAAGUGUGAUAGUAGUGAUAAUAUAACUUAUGAUAUAGAUUAUGAAGAUAUAUAUGCUAUUGAAGGUGUUGAUACAGAUUCUUUAAAAAAGUUAUUUUUAUUUGAUACCCCAAAUAAUGUAAUUGUUUCGUAUAAUAUAAAUGCAGUAUAUAUUAUUACUCUUCAUAUACCUGGAUUAAUUUUAAUAUUAAAAGAAUAUUUUUUCCGAUUUUUUUCACAUGUAUUUUUUUUCAUAUGCACAUAUCCAUAUUAUUUUGUAAGAAAAACAAUAGCAUCAUUGUUUUAUGAUAUCCUUAGUAAUUUGAUGGAAUCACCAUUUUUUAAAAUAAAUACAGAUAAACUGUAUGAGGACAGAAUAAAUAUGAAAAAGCAAAAAAAAAACUUAAAAAAAAAUAAAAAAAUUGAGGAAACAGCUAAAAAAAAAUUAAAGGAAGAAUGUUCAGAUGAUAUAAAAAAGAAAGAAAAUAAUUAUGAUGGUGAAGAUUCUACUGAGCAAUCUAAUUUAUAUACAUACAAAGAGAAUAAUAUAAAACAUCAGGAUAUAAAUCAUAUUUAUAAAAAGGAACCCCCGGAAAUAGUUCAAACAUUUAACAAUGAUUAUGCGACAUAUAAUAAUAUGAAGCGUAUACAAAAUAAUAGCUUUUUAACAAGUGACAAAAGUUGUGAAAAUACUGAAGAUUUUAUCAAUAGUUGUAUUAUGGAAAAACAUGAGGAUGUAUUAGAAAAAGAGGAAAAUAAAUUAUGUGAUGAUACCUUGGAUAUGAUAUAUUCUAAUAAUAGCAACACUAACGGUAGUCAUUAUAGCCUUGAUCAAGAUGAUACAAAAAAUAUUACAACAGAUACAAUAGACCAAAUCAAAGAGGAUAAAAAUGAUAUUCAAUUAAAAAGGGUGAAAAAGAAUGCACAAGGUUAUAGAAAAAAAUGGAGCUAUGAUAAGAUGAUAAAAAAAGUUCAAAAUAAAAUAAACAAUAAUUUGUAUGCAAAUGAUUUUUUUAUUAAUGAAGAAAAUGAGAAUUUUUUUUUUUAUAUAAAUUUUCUUGGCAAGUAUGAAAUGAUUUAUAUAAAAUAUAUUCAAAAGUUUAAGAAAUAUUAUUCUGAUAAUUCUCCGUUACAUUUUUUUCAUUUUUUUAUUUAUUACUUUUUAAAUGAUUCAAACGUAUUAGUCAAAAAGGCAAUUUUAAAAAAUUAUGAUAAAAUUAUAGAAUUUUUUCCUAAUAAUAUUCAAAAAAUUUUUAUAAAAUACUUGUCUGAUGUUGUAAAUUUCAAAACAUUGAAUUAUUCUUUACGCAAAAAAGUUUCAAAAAUAGUUUUUAAAAUUUUAUCCAAAAUUAAUGAUGCAAAGAUUGUUAGGAAUUGCCUUUUCCCCAUUUUUAUGCGGCUAUGCAAAGAUGAGGCUGCAAUAAUACGUACCUACACCUCGAAUUACUUUUAUUUAUUCAUAGAAAAGGGAUGCCCUCGCAUAUACAAUUUUUUUAAGAAUGGAGGUGAAAUAUUACCAUUGGAGGAUUACAAAAAGGAUAUAAUAUUAACAAAUUUAGAAAAUGAUGAAUUAAGGAGUUUCCACUUCAUAAGCGGAGAGGAAAUAUAUAUAUUAAAAACAGUUAUAACCACAUUUUACAAGAGCGACCGUUUUUAUGAUAGACAGGUUUUCAUAAAAAUAUGCGAUGGCAUAAUUAAUGAAUGUCCAAAGAAUUUGUUUUUACUAUAUUUUUUGAAACCCUUUCUGAACUUGUCUGAUGAUAAAGUUCACGUUGUGCGAAUGACGUGGGAAAAUUGCGUUGUUUCGCAAAUACAGAAAAGGGGAUAUAUACUAAGCAUCCCAAGCAUUUUAGAAAAACUAAACAAUUUCCAUGAGGAAAAUAAUAUAAACUGUAUAGGAACAAAUAUAGAUUAUGACGUUAACAAAUAUAAUAGCAUAUCCAUUGAAACGUUUGAUGUUGAUGACCUUGCUUCAUAA